AGGCUCAUGGUGUGCCUUGAAGAGUCCAUCUAUAUCCACAACAUCAAAGACAUGAAGCUGCUGAAGACUCUUCUCAACACUCCAUCUAACCCCUCAGGUCUCUGUGCCCUUUCAACCAACCAUUCCAACUCGUACCUGGCAUACCCCGGCAGUGCCACCAUUGGGGAGAUCAUAGUGUAUGAUGCCAACAACUUGAACACAGUGACAAUGAUCCCGGCUCAUGACAGUCCUCUGGCAGCUCUCACCUUCAACACCUCGGCCACCAAACUCGCCAGCGCCUCAGAGAGGGGCACCGUCAUCCGAGUGUUCUCCAUCCCUGAGGGCCAGCGUCUGUUUGAGUUCCGCAGAGGCAUGAAGAGGUACGUCAACAUAAGCUCUUUAUCCUUCAGCCCUGAUGGCCAGUUCCUCUGUGCAUCCAGCAACACAGAGACGGUGCAUAUCUUUAAACUGGAGCAACUGGGACCAAGUGGAGGGGACGAGGCUGCUACCUGGACAUCCUACGUGGGCAAGAUGUUCACAGCAGCCAGCAGCUACUUCCCUGCUCAGGUAUCCGGCAUGAUGAGCCAGGACCGCGCCUUCGCCACUGUUCACCUCCUCACGUCCGGCCAGAAGAACGUCUGCACCCUGGCUAUGAUCCAGAAGCUUCCGCGGCUGCUGGUGGCCACCGCUGACGGCCAGCUUUUCAUCUACAACGUGGAUCCACUAGAUGGAGGCGAGUGUAUGUUGUCCCACAAGCACAGGCUUUUUGGUGUUGAUGAUGACCAUGUUGAAGAAACAGAGUCAGAGGGGUCAGAGGUCACAGGGCCAGCACAGGCUUGUCCAUCCUAUGCUGCAACCGCUGCCUUACCAGCCUCUGGUCCCGUCACUGCAACUCUCACUGGCUACUCUGAGGACGGCGGGGCAAAGAAAGGCGAAGUCAUUCCAGAACAUGAGUUUGCUGCUGGACCUGUAUGCCUGGACGACGAGAACGAGUUUCCUCCUAUUAAUUGGUGCCGCGACGGGACUGGAGGUGGCCAGGCGAGGCGCUCGUGAGUGGGUAGAAGGACAGAUGGACAAACAGACAGAAAGGCACUCGCAAGUGAGAGGAACAGCAAAAAAAAAAAACAGUCUUUCAGGGUGCCAAGUUAUCUUUUCCGUUAGAGAGAAAAUAAUAUUAAUUCAAGUUGACGUGGGAAACAAAACACUGAGCAAGAAGUAGAUGUCAUGUAGUAAUUUCAGAGAAAACCACAAUCUGGUCCUCAUGUUACAUAGUGAUUGUGUUAAAGGUACACUUCUGAUUUUGUCACAGCACCAAUAGUACCUCUAAACUUCCUCCAAGCUGACUGUUGAGUUUCAAAACUUCAACUGUGAACUAAGAGGACAUUUCUGAACUAGAUGCUGUUGGCUACUUCAAAAAAAAAAAAAAAUCAGGGAGUUUAUCUUUAAGGAGUGUUUCAUUAAAGUGGGAGGUGCAUGCUGGAGCAGAAAUAUAACCACAAUUUCCCAUAGCUUUAUUACUUGACAAAUAUUUUAAUAAGUUGCAUUAUUGUAGCAACAUUUUUAUUUUUAUCAUUAGUUAUAUCUUAGUUUACGUCCAUUAAAAAGAAUUGUUUUCAUUUUUAUUUUGUAUUGUAUUAUACUGCAUUGACAUGUAUAGAAUAUUUCUGUGUAUGCCUCCUGGACACAUUUCAGAAGGUGUGUAUGUACUGUAUGUUUAUUUGUGCCUAUUAUCAUUUGUAAAAGAAAGUAUUUUGCUAAUUGCACAAGACCAAAACAAGUGAAAGAAACAAAGAAAUAAACUCAUAGAGUGGGGUAAGAACGAACCUAUGCAAA